AUGGAGACCACAACCCCUGGCAGUGCCCAGGAGAGGAAAUUGACAGUUUCUUUCAAAAUAUCUGAGUUGUGCAACUGUUAUGUCAUCAUCUGGAAGGCAGACGCUGCCACCGCCAGAGGGCAGGGUAAGACAAGGGCACCAUUGGAUUCCCCAGCUCCUGGGAGGGGCAGCUUGGUGGUGCUGCCCCCACCUGUUGCUGGAAGAAGACUGCACAGAAGGUUAGAGGGGAGGUGGCUGGGGCGUGAGGAUUCGGAAAACGCUGGCUUUGAGCCUGGUGCUCUCCCCUGUCCAUACAUCCAGAUUUCUGGGGCUGUGUCCUCGGGGGGAGAUGGUCCCAGUCUUGGGUGGUUAUGA